AUGGUGACAGGGCACAGGUCGUGGCCCGCCAAGGUAACAGUGCUACUGCUGGUCCUGCUUGCCUGCCUGGGGACGAUGGUCGACGCCUACCCCUCCAAACCCGAGGCUCCGGGCGAGGACGCCUCCCCAGAGGAGCUGAGUCGCUACUACACCUCCCUGCGCCACUACCUCAACCUGGUCACCCGGCAGCGGUAUGGAAAACGGGACAGCCCCGACGCUCUCCUGUCCAAACUGCUCUUACCUGAGGCCGAGGGACGUCCAGUGAAGUCGCGCUCCGAAGGCGCCUACAUGUGGUGA